AUGGACUUAGAGACUGUACUGCGUCCUGUAGUUGAAGGACUGGUGCCUCAGACUUUGCCAGAAAGCGCGGUGAACGCACUAUGCUACGACUUGGGACGGUUAUUGGCUUCACCUAGCAGAUCUAUCUCUCAAUUGCAGGCUCUGCUAGAUGCGUAUGAAUCUCAAGUACCCUGCAAUGGUGAGAAUGGAUUGAAAUGGCGGAAGCUGUUUAAUAUUGUUCAGCUGCUUUUGGGACUCGAAAGUUAUGAUGAGAUGGCGCGGCAUUUGGCGGCCUUCCAUUCUAUGAUAGUGGAUAAUGUUAUGGCCAAACCUGUUACGUCUUCUCCAUUAAAUGAUAUGGCUUUGAAUAUGAGAAGGUUGGAAACACACGAUAGUUUGCUAAGUCCACUGCGACCAAUGAGUCUUCAGGCAGAGUCAUUUGAGAAUCUUGACCGAUUUUCGGAUCGAAGAUCGCUCAUAUCCUCCCCAAAGGGAUACACGGGCCAUAGAACUGUAACACUCAAUUCACUGGCAGAUCCGUAUUUUUUAAAGAUGGUUUCGGAAGAUGAAAUUCUUAAGCAUGUCCCUUACACUUUAUUAGCUACCACAUCCGAUUUUUUUCCCAUAGAACAGAACAAAAUCAAAAUACCGACCAAUGUUCCGAAUACAGAGAGCGGUAUGCUACAUUUAAUCUUCGAGGCGUCUUUGCUUUAUCAGGAAUUGAAGAGGAAAGUCGAUCAGUGCAAAAGAGGCGAAAUUUCACCCAUGAAGAAAGCUCUUGCGAUACAGGUGGAAAGAACUUUGAGAAACUAUACUGGAUUUGUCAACUCUCUUUCAGCAUAUCAUCAAACUCUAACGCUUAAAUCAGUUUACUAUGAAAUUUACGACCACAUUAUCAAACUGAGGUUCUUCGAUGGUUUUAUCAGGAAUUUCGACAAGACUUCUGGUGACUCUUAUUUGAUGAUCUCUAGCUCACUUGCAUUUCAUGGAGACUUGCUGGUAAGGCGCUUAUGUGUCGAGAUAUCUGAAAAUCUACUAUCCCUUUAUGUUGAAUAUCUGAUCAAUUGGUUGACUUUGGCAAAAUUAGACGCUACGUAUGAUGAAUUCUUUAUCGAAAAAGUUGAAUCCUUGGAUCCUAUCCCAACACAUAUAAAUCCAAGUAAGGUUCCCGAGUUCAUUCCGAAGAACGUGGCUUAUGAAAUUCUCAUGAUAGGAAAAUCACUGAUAUUUUUGGGAAAACAUUGUAAGGAACUUCAAUGCACAAACGACAUGUCAAGGAAAUAUCAACAUCUGUAUAAAAAAAUUGAGCACAAGCGAAUAUCGUCGGAGUUUUAUGACAUUGUACAUCAACAGUAUGAGGAGGUUACCAAGUUGUGUUUUGAUAUUUUAAUGAAAAGGUUUUACUUUAAAGAGAUCGUAUUUGUGCUGAAGGACAUUCUACUGAUGGGGAAAAGUGACAUGAUAGAUAUGCUUGUCAGAAAGGCAAGUAAAGUUUUAGGCACGUCAUCAGCAUCUCUUUCGAGCUAUGAACUGACGAGAUAUCUUCAAGAGGCCGUGAAAUACUCUUCAAUGCGAAACCUUCUCAACCGUGCGGAUUCAAAUCAUAUUAUAAACGGCCUUGAUGCAAGAGUGCUUGAUCUUGGCCAUGGCUCAAUCGGCUGGGAUGUCUUUACCUUGGAUUACGUUUUAGAUGGGCCACUAGCCAUAGUACUAAACGUUAAUCGUCCAAACGGGAAGAAAGAAUACUUGAGGAUCUUCAAUUUCUUAUGGAGGUUCAAGAAGAAUACUUUUUUCUACAACGAAGAAUGGCUUCGGACAAAUCAAUUGAUUAGGGAUUUCAAGAAAGUUUCACAAAAUAGCCCGCUGGUUAGGGAUAUUAUCGCGAAAUUAUCCAAAACUUGCAUAUUACGAUCUCAACUGCAGCAAUUUAGUUCGAAACUUGAAUCUUACUGUUUCAGAUCCAUCAUUGACAAAAAAUUCAAAAGCUUCGAUGAAAAGAUGAUGUUAACCGACCAGACUAGCGGUCGUUCAAAAUAUCCAACUGUGACGCUUAAGAGUGGAGUUAUAAUGCUGGAUGGUAUCCUACGGCCGCAGAAAAAUAUUUUUAAAGGAUAUGGCGAUUGUUCGACUAGCAAUUGUUCUAAGAACAGAUUCAACAUCGAUGAAGUCGAUCAAAUGCAUAAUGAUUAUCUGAGCUCAAUUCUCUCUCAUAAACUAUUGGCACCCAGUACAGAUAAUAGGGUAGGAGCUUAUUCUGGUCAACCAUAUCCAACCUCGGUUAUCUUGGUAUUGAACUCAAUUUUUGAGUUCAUCACAACAUACUCUGCACUGAAUGACGUAGCGCAUGAAGUUUUGAUUCAAAUAAAUUUACGGGGUCAACAACAAAUAUUGAACAACUUACUAAUAAGGUUCAAUACCAUUUUAAAGGACGUCGUCAGCAACUUUAAGAAAUUUCAGGAGAUUUCAUACUUGUUUAUCAAGGACUUGAGAUCAGACGGCGACGACGAUCUGGCUUCACUUGGAGGAAUUCUCCGUUGA